AUGCGUUCAGAAUUAGAACAGCAGUUUCAAGAGAAAGUUUACUACGAAAACGUUCCACAGCCUUUUAAUUAUACGAUGUUUGAUUUCUUAAUUCAACCAACUUUCAAUGACAGUGUAUAUUGUCCACACGUUCCUGUUUUCUACAUUAUUAGAAGUCAUCCAAAUAGAACUGAUGAACGAGCAUUCAUUCGAUCAACAUGGGCUUCAAACUUGCGUAAUUCUGUCAUUUUUGCGCUUGGUAGAUCCGGGCCUCUUGAUGUUCACCGAAAAGUUCUUAGGGAAUCCAGGAUAUACCAUGAUUUGCUUGUUAUCGACAUGAUCGAUACUUACAGAAAUCUCUCGAUAAAAUCAGUUGCAAUUUUGAGAUGGGUUGCGGAAUUUUGCAAUGCGCCGAGAUUCUUUUUUCAAGGUGAUCCGGACGUUGCUAUAUUUACAACUUCAAUCACUGCAUUUUUGGGAGUGAAAGACAGCAGGCAACCUCGAAUCUAUGGUUACUGUUGGCCCAGAGCAUAUGUUUUCAGAAACGAUGAAAGCAAAUGGAAGAUGAACCACAGCGUGUAUAGUUCAAUCACCUAUCCACGGUAUGUCGCUGGUGGCGCGUGGAUGUUUUCGCCAUCAGUACCAGCAAAACUCCUCGAAGCUCUUGUUGUACCUCGGCCGUAUUUUCAUGUUGACGAUGUCCUUAUCAGUGGUAUUUUGGCUGAACGGGCCGACAUUCCCCGUGAAUGCAUUCGUAAUGUCGGUUAUCCGGAUGAAUUCAUGGACGUCAAUAAAUGCCGUAAUCCACCUAUCUUGGCAAUUUUUCAGUUAGAUCGAACAAGAAUUAUUGAAGCUUUAAGCAGUGUGAGACAGGGUACUGGUUUAUGUUAG